AUGACUUCCCAGCAGGAGUCCUCGUCCAAACCAAACCCUCCCUCUCCCUCCGCAUCCUUUUACGACCUCUCCGACGACGAAGAGGGCGGUUAUAACACCAUUACACACAAUUCUGCCACCAGAGGGGUCAAAUUACUCUACUCCAAGAGCAAGGUCUAUGUCCAUCCCACACCGUCCGCCAAAGACAACAUCCCAGGUUUUAUCGCUUUGGUGCAACAGAAAUCCUCCCCAUUGUCUGCCGAUGACCGACCCGACUCUUCGGGAGACUCGUCUGGGAAGCAAACCAAUGCCUCGUCGUACCUGCUCGCAUGGGUGCCCGAGUCCUCUCUGACGCAGGACGACCUCAGCACCUAUGUCAGAGUGGACUUGAAGGACGGCCAGUCACCGCCCAAACAGAGUUACCUUGUCCCUCCGCUCCCUCUUGCGACCUCCUUUGACGAAUCGCCCGUCGGCCCGUACGCUUUCUCCCUACCCUUGUCCAGCAUCUACUCCAUCCACGUUCGUCCUCCGAGUCUGGGCUGGUGGUACGGCAGCAUAGUCAUCAACACCCGUGCCGGGUCGAGUUUACCCGCUCUCUUCUUCCACGAUUCUGAGUGUGAAAGCACGAUCCUACAAAAAAAGAGACGGACUCGGGAGUCUUUCGACCCUUUCGGUGAGACGGGAGAUUUGUUCUGGGGCGGGGACGAGGUGAUCCGGUGGCUCAAGAGAUAUGUUACCGUAGAGCGAAGCACCGCGGAGCCGUCCAUCUAUCUGAUCGACCCAUCUGAGGAGGAUCGUCUCGGGUUUGGGCAAGGCCGAGGUUCGAUGGAAGCCCAAGGCAGACAGAAAGCUGCUGGUUCCGAUUCGAAGAAACCCAAACAAAAACCCCCAGCGGGACCGGGUAUGGAUCCGCUCACCAAGGCUCUGAAGGAGACGAGGUGGAAGAUCCUCGAGCAGUUGUCCAAAGUCACCACCUUUACGCGGCGGACUGCCGAGGACCUUGUUAACAACAAGAACAUCCCUCCUCAAGUCCGGCGCCUCAUCCAAAACCCCGAAAUCCAGACCCUCCAGGAUGAGUUCGACAGUGCCAAACUAUACCUGGCGAGAUGGGCCAUGACUAUAGCCGAGCAGAGUGAACGAGAGAAGAGGCAGCGGAUGUGGACGGCUAGAGACGUGUUGGAGUCGGAGGAGACAAGCGUGGGCGACUUUGAGAUUCUCGACAUGGAGUCUGGGAAGAUGACGCUGAGCGACAGCAGGAGGAGGCCGGUGGACUUGAAAGAAUGGGAGUCUUUCUUCGACUCCUCGGGUAAAUUGCAGGUGACCGUGGAUGAGGUCAAGGAGCGAAUAUUCCACGGCGGCCUUGAUCCGGAAGAUGGAGUGAGGAAGGAAGCCUGGCCGUUCUUGUUGGGCGUGUAUGACUGGGACAGCACCGAGGAAGAACGACUCGCCUACAUGAACAGCAAGAGAGAUGAAUAUAUUCAGCUAAAAGGAGCAUGGUGGGACAGGAUGGUCGAAGGAGAGUCGACGCCGGAACAAGAGGAGUGGUGGAAAGAACAGAAGAACCGAAUCGAAAAAGACGUGCAUCGGACGGAUCGACACAUUCCUUUGUUUGCUGGCGAAGACAUCCCUCACCCGGAUCCGACCUCGCCAUUCUUCAACCCGGAUGGUCCUGGCACGAAUGUACACCUGGAGCAGUUGAAAGACAUGCUCCUGACAUAUCUGGAAUACGACACGCCUCCCUCCUCCAGCAAUGCAUCUCAUUAUCAAACUCGCAACCCCCAUCCUCUCAAUCUAGGCUAUGUCCAGGGCAUGUCCGACCUCCUCUCUCCUCUCUACGCCGUCUUCCAAGACGACGCGGUUGCCUUUUGGGCAUUUGUGGAGUUCAUGCGGCGCAUGUCCCGCAACUUCGUGCGCUCACAGGUGGGCAUGCGGGCUCAACUCAGCACCCUGGAUCAGUUGGUGCAAAUCCUUGACCCGAAGCUCUAUCUCCACCUGCAAGCCGCCGACUCGACGAACUUUUUCUUCUUCUUCCGUAUGCUAUUGGUCUGGUAUAAGCGCGAGUUCGAGUGGAGCGACACCCUGAGGUUAUGGGAAGCUCUGUGGACCGACUACUACAGCUCUCAAUUUCACCUGUUCAUUGCCGUCGCGAUUCUCGAGAAGCAUCGCGACGUGAUUAUGGACCAUCUUCGCCACUUCGAUGAGAUCUUGAAGUACAUCAAUGAAUUGUCUGGCACGAUUGAACUACAGGAGAUUCUCGUCCGAGCAGAACGGCUGUUCAAACGAUUCGAGAAGACCGUGGAAGCGGUGGACCGGAAGAACAGCUUUCCCGCUCCGAGCGGGGGGGACGUGAGACAGAGAAAACCGGUUGACGGUGCUGAGGGCAAGAGUCAGGAUUCUCCGACAUCCGCCGCGGCCACAGGUACAGACACAGUACCAUCGACAGCCGCAGGUGCGUCGGCUUCUCAACGGCAAGCUCUCCCUGCCCGGCCCCGUCAAGCACAAGGCAAACAAGGGCCGAAAGGAAAAGCCAAGGAAGUGGAGAAGGAAAAGGAAAAGGAAAAGGAACAAGUCAUCACACCCGAAGUCCGGCUGUUGCUGAGUCGCAAAAUCAUCACCGUGGAUGGCGAGGAAGAUGAUGCUUCGAAGCCUAGGGCAAGUGGGUUGAAGGAUUGA